CAAAGUUGUAUAAUUUUUCAUCGAAGUUUUAUACUGUGCUAGCUUACAAGGUUUUGUAUUUACAUAUAUUUUAUAGCAGAAAAUGAAGCCUAUCUUAAUAUUUUUUACCAUCGUUUGGGUCUUCUCUCAUGCAGAAGCUCAAUUUGACGACAAACGAUGCAAAUGCAUUUGCCCUAGUCUGUCGUCCGUUACGAAUAAAACAGAAAAAUCUCACACUUCUCGGCUUAUGUUCACUACAAAUGACCCGCCAAAUAAAUGUAAUUGUGAUGAGGUUGUUCUGCCAAGAGUAUCAACACAGAUGAGCGCUAACGAAAUGAGAGAAUUCUGUCCCAGAUGCGAGUGCAAAUAUGAGAAUAGAAAAACCACUGUCAUUCGGGUAGUUGUGAUCAUUGUCAUUUGGGUUAUUUCGAUUUUAGUCAUAUAUAUGGCAUUCUUAAUAAUUUUGGAUCCCCUGCUAAAUAAACGUGUGAAAGGCAGUUACCAGGAGCACACCAAUGAAGACGAAGAUGCAGUCCCCGGUCCUAUGUCCCAUAAUAUGAGCGUCCGAGGUAAUGUAUUAAACAGAGUCAGCACGCAACAGGACAAAUGGAAACGUCAAGUUCGAGAGCAGAGGCGAAAUAUUUAUGAUCGUCACACAAUGUUGAAUUAAGUGAAAUUUAUUUGGAUAAAAGAAGAAAUCCACAAAGACUUGUGAAAUUGGUUUAGCAUUGGCAUUGAUUGUGAAGUGUAUGGAAUAAAAACAUUGUAAAUGUAAUCAUAUUGUAGUGAUCCUUAAUUUAAAUUAUACAUGUAAUGUGUAAAUAAUGUCAAUCCUCAUUCCCCAUUUAUGUAUUUGCUCUUACUUUAUUAUUGAAACUACCAGGUUAGUUAAACUCGUCAAGUUGUAUUUUUUUACUAUAUCAUGUAACCCAUUAUUAAUAUAUAUAGUUUCAAAGGCCACAGCCUAAACAAUUCCCUAGGAAACAACUGGCAGAAAUCUAUUAUAAGCAGCUACAUUUUUCCUAUAAAUGUUAUAAAAUCGCGAACUUUUAAUGAAAAUAUGUAUGUUAAUGUUAAUAUAUAGGUUUUUUUAAAUUAAAUUAAGUCUAAUUGAA